AUGCCCGGCAACCCUCUCCCGACCGACGGCGUCGUCGGCAAGCUCACGCCCGACCAGGAAAAGGCGCUCAAGGCCUACUGGGUCGAGUUCCUCGACCUCGUCGACCAGUCGCCCGUCGAGGGCAGCGGCGCCCACAGCGCAGCGAUGGAGGCCGCCGGCGACAAGCCGGGCAAGGACAUCCCCAAGGACGACGCCGCCAAAGAGCGCAUGAAGGCCGAGCAGGAGAUGCGCGACGCCAAGCUGGCCUUUGUCGAGUACGGCAGCAAGCACUUCAUGGACGCGUACUGGCGCUUUAUCGCGAUGGACGACCCGGACGGCAUCAUGCUGCGCUUCCUGCGCGCGAGGAAGUGGUCGUCGAGCGCCGGCGUCGCCAUGCUCGCAUCGUGCAUCAAGUGGCGCAUGGGCGGCGACGUCGAGAAGAUCUUUGAGAAGGGCGAGGAGGGAAUGAAGGGCGCCGAGGGCUUCAUCCGGCAAAUGGAGAUCGGCAAGACGUACACGCAGGGCACGGACCACUACGGCCGGCCGGUGUGCUACAUCCACGUCGCCAAGCACCGCACGUACGACCAGUCGCCCAAGGCGCUCGAGGACUUUGUCAUCUUCCAGAUGGAGAGCAUCCGGUGCCUGUUCGCCCCGCCCAUCGACAAGGUCUGCAUCGUGUUCGACAUGACGGGCUUCGGCAUCCGCAACAGCGCGACUGACCUCUGGCCUCGUCUGCAGAUGGACUGGCGCUGCAUCCUCUUUAUCGUCAAGUGCCUCGAGUCGUACUACCCGGAAAGCCUGAACGUCAUGCUCAUCCACAACGCACCGUGGGUCUUCCAGGGCAUCUGGAAGGUGCUCGGUCCCAUGCUCGACCCGGUCGUCCGCAAUAAGAUCCAAAUGACCAAGAACACCGACGACCUUUGCCAACACAUUCCCAAGGCGCACCUCGUUCGCGAGCUCGGUGGCUCGUCCGACUGGAAGUGGACCUAUCCGCCUAUCGUCCCGGGCGAGAACCAGGCGCAACAGGACCUCGAGGGCCGCAAGAAGCACCAAGCCGCACGCGACGCCCUCAUCGCCGAGUACGUCGCCGUGACCCGCGAGUGGACCAAGUCGGACGACCCGACGAUCGUCAAGCGGCGCGAGCUCCUCGUCAGCAGGAUGCGCGCCCAGUACCACGAGCUCGACCCGUUCAUCCGAGGGCGCGGCGCGUACCACCGCAACGGCAACAUCGUCGGCAACGGCUUGGUCGUGUGGAACUACCCGUCGGCGUCCGAAGAGAAGACCGAGGGCGAGUGGGAGGUGCGCGGGUACGAGACGUGCCGCGAGGAGUGCCUCCUCAGGGCCAAGCAGCUCCAGGAGGAGCUUCGGGCGACGGGCGCGCAGGUGGCCUGAGUGCACGUCGAGACUGUCAAAGAUCCUGGUUCCGUCGUAGCUGUACCCCUGUCUGUGCAACGAGCUGUAUCCCG